AUGUCGCUCGACACUGAGUCCCGCGCUCCUCGUGCCAACACGCUAUCCUCCCCAACUUUCCGUCAGACCGGCUUUGCUGUGCCUACCGUCUCGGCCCCAGCAACCAACGAUGUCAAUGCAGUCGCCGUCACUCAUCAGGUGCUCUCACCAAAGAUGCGCUCCUCCAACUCGAGCUUGGAUGCCGCUCUCCACGCCAAGCCCACCUUGUCCAAAUCAUCAACACUCAACGACGACGGUGACGCUGUCAUGUCCGAGCCAUCCCAACCCCCUCUGCCCAUCCCCGGUUCUUUCGGCAAGCUUGAACCUCUUGCAAUGCCCACACAUGCCUCUCGCUCUUCCAACCAUGUGACCACGCCGUCCCAUGCUCCAUCGCUUGUGCCGCCACACAAAGCUUCUCCCUCUUCACACAGCGCAGCUCUCCGAUUGCCAUCUCUCGGCUCUAGCAUGCUCUCGCCCCGCUACUCUACUCUGCAAGGCUCUAGCAUCUCCAGUGGUCCCACAUCCCUCACAUCCAGCAACUGGUCUCCAAGCAGAAGCACCGAUCCUCACCUCUACGCGAUUUCCACUGGCAGAAAGUAUAGCUACACCAGCUUCAACAAGCCUUCACUCAGCACCUCUUUCAAGACUUCGGCCAUGCGAAUGCGAGGUCCUGCACUCCAAGACGAGGAGGACGAGCAAGACGAGCAAGACGAGCAAGACGAGCAAGACGAGCAAGACGAGCAAGACGACAGUUUCGGCAAGCCCCUUUCGCGAUACCCACCCAACUCGACCACAACGCACAGAGCCACUGCCGAGCCAGGCCUGGAACUCGAUGGCGAUGAAGUCUUUGCUUUCUCAAGUCCCUGCUUCGGUCCCAAGCACUUGCCAGAUGAGCCUUCUCCUGAGCUCCACGAGGCGAUUUCUCCUCCUCACUCGGCUUCCUCGAACCCUGCUGGCAUCUUGAGCCCAAGCUCGGCUACUGCUUCUCUCGGCAAGCUCUCUCUCGGCGGCAACGAAGCUCGAGGCUCGCCAAGUUCCGCAAACACACCAAGGCCAUCUCGUUCGGUCCAUCUUCACAGCAACGGUGCCCUCUCUUCCUCCGCAGAUGUAGCUGCCGCAGCCAUCAAGCAGCGACGUUACUCGUACAACAAGCACGCUCGUCCCUCGUUUGCCUCGCCUGGUCCCAGCAGCUACACUUACUCUUCCAGCUUUGGCCGAGAUCGCCCUUACGCACGCACGCCUACUUGCUCAAGCUUGACUUGCAUUCACCGCAACGAGUCUAGAUCAAGGUCCAGAUCGAGGUACCGCACCGAGGACAGGGCCAGUCGAUCGACUGCCCUCGUCGACGAUGAUGAGACCGACGAGGAGAUGCGCAUGCAUGACGACGACGAUGCAACCGAGGACGAGGCUGACUGCAGCCCAUCUUACCAGCCACCUCUGCGACAAAACCCGGCAUAUGCUCUCGGUAGCACUCCUUCCAGUUUUGCUGCCAACAAUCCUUCCAACAACAACAACAACAACAACGCCAGCCUCGGUCUUACUUUCCAGAUGAGCCCAGGAAACCCUUCCACGCUGGCCAAGGGUCAUCCUCUCGACUCGAGUCGCUCUCCAGUCAUGUCCAACGCCAAUGUUGCCAUCAAUCUCAGCCGUCAAUACAGCUCGGACCGCCAUGCGAUGGCAGGUGGUCUUGUACCCCUCCGUCAUCAUCCCUACGCGACAAGUCCUUCGGCAACGACCGGUCCACUCAGUGCUUCCAUGGGUCUCGCCUACUCUCCCGGCUCGAAUGCACCUCUCAACCGACCAGCACACCGAAGAGGAAGCAGUCUAGGCAAUGGUCUUGCCGCUCCCGCCUACGCAGCUGGCAUCCUUUCCACCUCUCCUCGAUUCGCCAACAGUGCUGCAGCCAUGGGCCCAAGCCCAGAAGAUGGCAACGUCGACCGUCUCAGCCAGUCGCCGUAUGGCGCACAAUCGGGUUCCCCCUACAACGCUGCUGGUGCUCGUGGACUCAACGCCACCGCUGGCUACUACCGUCCCGCUCAAGGUGGUGCUUACAGCCAGUCGCCACGCUACUCACAAAGCUACAGUGCACGUAAAGAGUCGACUUUGACGCUUGCUUCACAUUUUGAGAAGCACGAGCGUUCCGAGAGCAUGGCAAGUGAGGCCACUGAGAUCGGCGAUGCCUUGCAUGCUUCUAUGCGCAAGUCUUUUGUAAGUAAGGCUGGUGCUCGAUCGACCAGCAACACGGGUGCUACGGGUAACACGGACGAGACCGCACAAGUCGCAGCGAUUCGUGACAGGCUCGGAGGCGCCGCCAGCUGCUCUGCGUUCAUCUCGAAGCUCUGGCAUCUAAUGAUCAACCCUGAUCAAUACAGCAAGUACAUCCGAUGGGACCAAGCAGGAACCUCGAUCAUCCUCUCUAGCGAACCCGACGUUGCUAACGAGUUUGCUUCCGAUGUGCUUCCACGCCUCUUCAAGCACGGUAAUAAUGCCAGCUUUAUCCGUCAACUCAAUCUCUAUGGGUUCCAGCGUAUCCCCUCGUCACGUUUGCUCGAUGCAGCAGAGAUCAAGGUCGCUGCUGCCAAGCGUGCCCAACUUGGAGGCAACGCCUCGAGCUCGACCUUGAACACGGCUGUACAGCUGUAUGGAGUACACUCCAGUUUCGCUCAUCCUAGGUUCUUGAGAGGUAGGGAAGAGUUGUUGCCGACGAUGAAGCCUAGGUCGAGUAAGAAGCCGAAAAAGAGCGCCGGUAGUGGUGCUAUGGAGAGGAGUUUGGAAGCAGAUAACAGUUUCGGUGCUGAUGAGACAGAUGAGGAAGAUUUCACAUUGUAA